GCUCAGAACUUCAGACUUACGUUUAAGAUGUUUGAUACUGAAAUUUACACGGUAGAUACUUUGGUUAGUCAACCUGUCACGCCUUCUCCUUUUUGCCCUCGAUACUCACCGCAACCACCACUAUUGCCUCCUCCGUUCGACUUUCCUCCUGACUGUCCAGCUCCUGAAUUGUCACCAUUGCCUCCAUUGCCUCCUUUCCCGCCACUGAUGGAGCCCCCGUUUCCUCCUCCUCCAGAUAACUUUCCACCUGACUAUUCGCCGCCGGUGCACCAUCCUGAAUUGCCUCCACCACGACCGUUGACUCCACGAGUGCGCUGGCUGCCAUUGCCUCCGUUGCCUGCACUGCCGCCAUUACCUGAAUUGCCACCAUUGCCUGCACUGCCACCAUUUCCUAAUAUACCUCCAUUGUUGCAAUUUCCACCGACACUUCCACCGUUACCGGCAUUACCACCUUUACCUGCACUACCCCCGUUGCCUGCACUACCUCCGUUACCAUCCCUGCCACCGUUUCCUGCACUACCGCCAUGGUCUGAACUGCCGCCAGUGCAUGAGUCGCCCCCAUUGCUGUCCUUGCCUCCGAUACAACCACCGACCCCUGAACGACGACCACGGUGGUCUGCAAUGCCACCAUUGCAUGAGCCACCUCCAUUUCUUUCCUGGCCACCAACACAACCGUCGGUACCUGAACGAAGGCCACGACGGUCUUCAUUGCCGCCAUUACAAGAGUCACCUCCAUUUAUGUCCUUUCCACCGACACAGCCGCCAGUACCUGCACGGCCACGGUGGUCCGUAUUGCCACCAUUGCUUGAGUUGCCUCCAUUGCAGCCCUUGCCUCCACCAUUACCACCACUACCUGCAUUGCCGCCAUUGCCUGAGUUACCUCCGUUGCCUCCCAUGCCAGCCAAGCCGUUCUUUGAAGCUUCAGCUUGUUCAUACCAAAUGUGGAUGCUGCCUCAACACAAAUGCUAUUGGAAAGUGAUGAACCCAGACCUAAAAGUAGAACUUGUGUUUGGGCCAUUGGCUUCAAUAAGAUAUGGCAGAAACAUGACGAUAUAUGAAAGCAUGUAUGGAAGACGAGAUCCUUAUCGGACACUUUUAAGGGAAGGAACAACUGCUCUCUUGAAUUCUUAUAGUAGCAUCGUGUUUGCUUAUGAACCUCAUGAUAUCGUCCAUCGACUAAAUUGGGCACUUAUGGAAGACACUGUAGAACAAGUUCUUGCAGCCGCUAAACGCUUCAUGAAGGCAAACUCUGGAGCAACCGGGAAUGUUACAUGCAAAUUUACAACAUGCACAUGAUCACAAACUUAACGAACUCUAUAUUGAUUCACCCAUUGCUUAAUCCUAUCAACCGUUUUGCUUGCGAUGAUGAAUAUGGCUAUGAUUAGAUGAUAAACGUUUAUUGGGAUUGAGAAUGGAUCAUGUAUUUUUGGAAGACAUUUCUUUUGGCUUUUUAGAAUUAAGAGGAAACAACUUGUCUAGUUGUCCAGGGUAAUUAUACUUAGGUGUUGUGUUUUUUUA